UUCAAACAUAUUGAUUUGUUUCAAAAUGGCGGUCUCCGAUGAAAUGCCGUUCAGUGUGGAUGGUAUUUUCUUUGAGUUUUUCUGAAUUUCGGGAUAUUGUAGUAUUUUAAACCAUGAAUUCCGACGGUAUACAUACAAGGCUCAGUAGAAUUUCAUCUUUCCAACAGGCGGGCUUUGCCUUAACUGGAUUUGCGGCAAUGGCUGGUGUGACGAUAAAAGCAAUAUCGCUGCUUCGUCGAGCUAAGUUCUUUCAAAACAAGACGAAGCCGGCGUAUGAAGAUGAAAAAAGUAUGACUUUGGAAGAAAUUGAGGGAUAUACCAAAUCUCCUAACAUAAACCUUAGAAGAAGUGCAGAGCAGCUGCUUUUGGAAAAAGUUCUCAGUAGUGCUCAUGUGCUGGAUGAGCUGUUAAAGUGGUGCCUGUGUGGUGAUGAAAAUGAAAUAGCCAAAGCCGCAACUGUGCUGUGUGUCCUCAUUAAGUCAGUGGACACUAGGGGUCACCCCUGGGAGAAGCCCUACAUCCUUACCCUGGCUGAAAUGAUCUUACAGUCCCUGAAUCCUCAGAGAUCAUACAAAGUUCAGGCUGAUGAUUUUACAGUUUCUGAGAGAAUCCAGCGCCUUUCUACUUGUGCAUUGUUUGAGUUGGUUUGUGAUGCAACUGCUCAGAAAGACUUCCUUGUUGCUAACUAUCCAGAUAUAGUACCAUGUAUUCUCCACCUGGUUGUCAACAGUCGCUGCAAGGAGGUCAGCAGAUAUGCUUUGUUCCUCACACAUCAGAUUGCCAUACAGGAAUCUACCAGACAAGCCCUGAUAGAUGCUAAUGGUGUGAAAAUUGUAGCGCAGUCACUGAUGAUUCAUCAGGGAGAUCCAAUGCUGCAGAGACUAAGUCUUCAGAUGUUAACUGUUUUCUCUACAAUGCCAGAAUCCGAUAGUAAGCAGAUGUUGUCAGGUAUAGCUGAGGAAGGUGUCAUUGUGCCCACUGUAGUGUGCCUUAAGUCUGAGGAUCCGGAAUGUACAUACUGGGCUGUGGCCCUUUUACAUGAAUUUGCCAUAAAUGAUGUGUGUAAAGGUCGUAUUAUAGAGGUGUACGGUUUGCUGCGAGCCUUGUCACAAACUCUCGUUGAUAGUGAAGCAAACCAGCAGCGUUUGCUUCUAAGGCUUUUAUGUUUUCUUGCCGUUGAGAAUGAAACCUUCAAGAAUGAUAUAUUGCAGUGCAAUGACAUUGUAAGUCGCCUGCCAGUAUUUUAUGCCAGUGGAGACAAGGAUGUGGUACAUUGGGCUCUUGUGUUAACACAUGAUUUAGCUAUGACAGGCAAGGCAGCCACCACAUCCCUUUUAAACACUUGUCCAGAUCUAGUGAGUGCCAUGGUCCCACUGACAGCCCAGGCUGAGUAUGUUCUCAAGAGACUUCUGGCAGAGACUUUGGGAUUCUUCUGCUCAAAUGAACAUUACAUGCUGAAGAUUAUCCGUAAUGGUGUCUUGGUCACCAUAUUGCAGUAUGCCACCUGUGAGGAUGAACAGUUAAAGUACUGGUCGGCUGCUGUUAUGCUUAACAUGGCUAUGACAUCAGAUGCAGUAAAGCUGGAGAUUCUGCAGGCAGGUGGUCUGUCAGUCAUCAUGGAGCUAGCAAUAGGAGACCACAGCAACACACAAAUCUCUGUUAUGGCUGCCAAGAGCUUGGUCAUGCUGGGGUUCACAGAUAAACCUCUGUCUAUCAGUGUUUUAUGUGAUGAGGACAAUGCAAGAGUCAGAAUGAACAAAAAAAUAUAUCACCUGAACAAACCAGGGUUGAAUAUUAUGGUGUGGAACACUUUAACUGCUGAGUCAGUGGCACAGCUCCACUAUCAUAUCAACAACCCUUGGGAGGCUCAGGAUUUAGGUGUCAAAAUCCCACAUAAGCCUCAAGAUGAAGGGAACCUUGUGAUAAUUGUUAUCAGAGGGCAGUAUGGGCAAAUCUAUUUAAAAGCCAUGAAAGAUCUGCUUGUCAUCUCUGCCAAGUCCAGUGUGCGCCAGGAUUCCCUGUACCAGCUGCAGGAGAGUGAGAUGUGUGUUAUAGUGGCUACCUUGUUGAACAGUGGGAUGUUGGAUGUCAAUCAUGUUGAGAAAGCUGCCACCAUCAAUAUGGAGUUCCAGUUUCCCUACAAUGAGAUAGUUAACCACAGAGUCUCUGAGAUUGUUUUGAUCCCAAUUAUCAGGGUUCUGUUUGGUACAGCCCCAAGCAGCCCUAUUAGUAAAGUGAUGGAACUUGACUUACUGGAGGUACUUGCCAGGCAUUCAGGCCAUUGUGAAACAAUGCUGAACUGUGAUGGAUUUUUAGACUACUUGAACAGUAUUUUAUACGAAUUUACAAAGACAUUGUCUGAGUCCCAAGACUACCCCCCUAUAGCUGUGGCCCACUGCCUAGGAGCACUGAAAGUGUUAUCUGUUCUGUCAGUCAGUGGUAAGUACAUAUAGAACCAUUUGACGUUACAAAUUCCAGUGUGCUGUUUAAUUGAGGUGAGGUUUUGUCUGGAGGUAGAUUAGUUACAUAUACAUAUACAUAGAGGUUUCAUAUUGUAACAUGUUAUUGAUUCCUCAAUUUUCUUCCUGUCUUUGGCUGUAACCCAGCAUAUAAAUAUAUUUGUUGCAAAUCAGUUUUUAGUACUUUAUCAAAAGUUUUUAUUCAAAUUAUUUUGUUCCUAUCAUUGCUUGUUUGAAAAAGUGAAUGUGUAUGAAUUGAUGUGUGUGUGUGUG